AGAGGAGAAAAAGCAGAUGCAGACAAGAAUGAUCGUACACUCACCAUCAUUGAUACAGGAAUUGGCAUGACCAAAGCGGAUCUAGUCAACAAUCUUGGAACCAUUGCAAAGUCUGGUACCAAAGCUUUCAUGGAGGCUCUUCAGGCUGGAGCAGAUAUAUCCAUGAUUGGUCAGUUUGGUGUAGGUUUCUACUCUGCAUAUUUAGUUGCCAAAAGAGUAACUGUUACAUACAAGCACAAUGAUGAUGAACAGUACCUGUGGGAAUCCUUAACCCUCCGAGCGUCCAUCAUAUUUCCCUAA